AGAAUUUCAAAUGGGAGUGAAGGUCCGGACGUGUGUGGGCCUCAGCUCUGGCCUUGACAGUGAACUUUGUGGCUGUGUUCGGGUUUCAAAAAUUUGGCCCAUAGCUGGGGUGCGAGUUCGUGCAUUUUUCUGAAUGGUAGGUGUCAGGAAUGUAGAUGCUUGGGGAAGUUAGAGAGGGAAGAAUAUUUGUAUAUUAAUAAUUGAUAGCUGAAUAUUAGAAUCAGAUUAAUUUGGGCUGAUGAGAGGUUUUUUUUUUUUUUUUUUUUUAAACAGUUGUGCACUCUAGGAAGGAAGGCUUUUCAUAGGCAUACUUUAUAAGGGGCUGCGUACGGCAAGGAGCUGGGGAUCUGGCCUUUUAGAGAGGCCACUCAUCACGGUCAACAUCUGCAGCUUUAUGGAGGUAAAGGGGACUGAACCAGGCUGAGAUGUGUAGGCAUACUUUUCAGUGCUUAUGCUGUUUGUUUACAUUUGGUGUGCACUCACGUUUGGCCAGUAGAGAUAAAUAGGUCAGCUUUUCCUUCGGUUUUUGAAAGCUAGCCCCUCUUUUUCUUUCAAAGUUUCACAAUUUACUUGGUUUACAGCCUUGUAGGAAACCAUUACUACAUUUUUACUGGAAAUACUAUUAUUCAUGUUAAUUUCGGGGUCUGGAGAGCUGAAGGAGAGCCAGUGUCCCCAAAAUUGGACUUCUCAGAACCUUUAAUAUGCUAAUGUGCAUUGUGAAUCUCCAAGAGGGGGAUAUGAUAUGCAGCAUUCUUGAAUACUUCUAAUGACAGGGAGCCCACUACCUCAUAAGCUGCAGCAAGAAGAGUUUGUUAUUUUAAACGGAGGCUGAAGAAACUACAGAAUUAGCAGACAGAAGAGAAAGUGGAGAAGGUAGAGAAUGGAGUUGCAGACUCUCCAGGAGGCUCUUAAAGUGGAAAUUCAGGUUCAUCAGAAACUGGUUGCUCAAAUGAAGCAGGAUCCACAGAAUGCUGACUUGAAGAAACAACUUCAUGAACUCCAAGCCAAAAUCACAGCUUUGAGUGAGAAACAGAAAAGAGUAGUUGAACAGCUACGGAAGAACUUGAUAGUAAAGCAAGAACAACCAGACAAGUUCCAAAUACAGCCAUUGCCACAAUCUGAAAACAAACUACAAACAGCACAGCAGCAACCACUCCAGCAACUCCAGCAACAACAGCAGUACCACCACCACCACGCCCAGCAGUCAGUUGCACCCUCACCCACCUUGACUGCUUCACAGAAGACUGUAACUACAGCUUCUAUGAUUACCACAAAGACACUACCUCUCGUCUUGAAAGCAGCAACUGCGACCAUGCCUGCCUCUGUUGUGGGCCAGAGACCUACCAUUGCUAUGGUGACCGCCAUCAACAGUCAGAAGGCUGUGCUCAGCACUGAUGUGCAGAACACACCAGUCAACCUCCAGACGUCUAGUAAGGUCACUGGGCCUGGGGCAGAGGCUGUCCAAAUUGUGGCAAAAAACACAGUCACUCUGCAGGUCCAGGCAACACCUCCUCAGCCCAUCAAAGUUCCACAGUUUAUCCCUCCUCCUAGACUCACUCCGCGUCCAAACUUUCUUCCCCAGGUUCGACCCAAGCCUGUGGCCCAGAAUAACAUUCCCAUCGCCCCAGCACCUCCGCCUAUGCUUGCAGCUCCUCAGCUUAUCCAGAGGCCUGUCAUGCUGACCAAGUUCACCCCCACGACCCUCCCUACAUCCCAGAAUUCCAUUCAUCCUGUCCGGGUCGUCAAUGGGCAGACUGCAACCAUAGCCAAAACAUUCCCCAUGGCCCAGCUCACCAGCAUUGUGAUAGCUGCUCCAGGGACCAGACUCGCUGGACCUCAGACUGUACAGCUUAGCAAGCCAAGCCUUGAAAAACAGGCAGUUAAAUCUCACGCAGAAACAGAUGAAAAACAAACAGAAAGUCGUACCAUCACCCCUCCUGCUGCACCCAAACCAAAACGGGAAGAAAACCCACAGAAACUUGCCUUCAUGGUGUCUCUGGGGUUGGUAACACACGACCAUCUAGAAGAAAUCCAAAGCAAGAGACAAGAGCGAAAAAGAAGAACAACAGCAAAUCCAGUGUACAGCGGAGCAGUCUUUGAGCCAGAGCGUAAGAAGAGUGCAGUCACCUACCUAAACAGCACAAUGCAUCCAGGGACCCGGAAGAGAGGUCGUCCUCCAAAAUACAAUGCAGUGCUGGGGUUUGGAGCCCUUACCCCAACAUCCCCCCCAUCCAGUCAUCCCGACUCCCCCGAAAGUGAAAAGACAGAGACCACAUUCACUUUCCCUCCACCUGUGCAGCCUGUGUCCCUGCCCAGCCCCACCUCCACAGACGGUGAUAUCCACGAGGAUUUUUGCAGCGUUUGCAGAAAAAGUGGCCAGCUAUUGAUGUGCGACACGUGUUCCCGCGUGUAUCACCUGGACUGCCUCGACCCGCCUCUGAAAACCAUCCCCAAGGGCAUGUGGAUCUGUCCCAGGUGUCAGGACCAGAUGCUGAAGAAAGAAGAAGCAAUUCCAUGGCCUGGAACUUUAGCAAUUGUUCAUUCCUAUAUUGCCUACAAAGCAGCUAAAGAAGAAGAGAAACAGAAGCUACUUAAAUGGAGUUCAGACUUAAAGCAAGAGCGAGAACAAUUAGAACAGAAGGUGAAACAGCUCAGCAAUUCUAUAAGUAAAUGCAUGGAAAUGAAGAACACCAUCCUGGCCCGGCAGAAGGAGAUGCACAGCUCCUUGGAGAAGGUAAAGCAGCUGAUCCGCCUCAUCCACGGCAUCGACCUCUCCAAACCUGUAGACUCUGAGGCCACUGUGGGGGCCAUCUCCAAUGGCCCGGACUGCACGCCCCCAGCCAGCGCCUCCGCCUCCACGCCCACCCCCUCCCCAUCCUCCCAGAGCUGCCCAGCGAACUGUAACCCGGGGGAAGAGACUAAAUAACAGAGCCCUCACGAGAAGCCACGGGACCCCGGCGGCCAGGAGCGCGCAACACUGAAGACUCGAACAGCAAAGCCGGACCGCUUCUGGAAAGUACAGAAUUCUUUUGGUUCUUUGGUUCCAGAGAGAGAGAAGAUGCUUGUGCCAGGUGGCACCCAAGUUUGCCAAUUGAUCCUUCUUAUUCUGUGUGUACAUGCAAAGAUUGGACCAUGUUACAUGAAAUAGUGCCAGCUGGAGGUUCUUUGCCAGCACCAUGCCAAGUGAAAUAAUAUAUUUACUCUCUCUAUUAUACACCAGUGUGUGCCUGCAGCAGCCUCCACAGCCACGAUGGGUUUGUUUUUGUUUUGUGGGUGGGAGCAGGGACGGGCGGAGGGAGGAGAGCAGGUUUCAGAUCCUUAUUUGCCGAGCUGUUUGUCUAGAUAGAGAAGACAAGUCCAAAGAGUGUGUGGGCUUUCCUGUUUCUAAACUUUCACUUCUAUCAAACCAAAAAAAGAAAAAAAAAAAAGGAAAUCAAGAUUUAACCAACACCAGUGCCCGGAGAAGGGACCGGGAGGGGUGGGAGGGGCGCGGGUGGGAAUUAUAUCCAUAAGCAGUAUUCCUAUUGUCAGGAGGGCCGCCAGGGUGUGGAGGGGACACCAGGAAGGCCACUAGCUUCUCCCCCAGCUCUGCUCCUGCCCGGGUGCCCGCCGCCCUCCCAGGCCUCUGCCCCCUCCCCCUCGAGUGCUUGGUGACCGUGCACCCCUGUGCCGUGAGCCCCUCAGUCCUUGGAGACCAAGGCCAGUGGGGGUCCUGCUGGCCUUGCUGAGGCAGGGAAGAAGGGAGUGUUGUGUGUGGUCCAGAAAGGAAAAAGGAGAACUGGUGAUUUUACUUGAAAACAAGCUCCAUCCCUUUUCUAUAUUUAUAAGAAGAGAAGACCCUGCGCGAAGCAGCACGCGACCCAGGUGUGUGUGAAUUGAAUGGAGAUGUUUCUUUCCUCUUUUUUUUUUUUUUUAACUUUUUUUUCCUUUUUUUUCUUUAAAGAAAGUUUUGUUGUUUAUUUUGCUUUUUUUGGUAACAAAAACUAAACUAAGGAAUAGAAAGCUGUUUUUCAGGCUGACAGUCCGCUAAGGGUAGUCGAGACCAUGCAUGGUAGAGUAGGAGUCGUAGUGUCAGUGAGGUCAGUGAGUCUUUGUGAGUCCUGUGUCAGCGUUUGGGCACUGGGUUUUUUUUGUUUUUUUUUGUUUUUUUUUUUCUUUUUUUUAAUGCAAGGGCAAACAAAAAAAAACAAAAAAACA